CAACUAGACUGAAUAGGGGAGUGACGCAGAGGUUACAGAUGCCCGAGUUUUUUUUCUCCCUCAUCAAAUUGUUGCAAAUUUGGGGAAAAAAAAUAUUACGAAUUGUUUCAUUUUCUUGAUUUGAGAUAGGUUUCCUAUUCUUUUUUUCUAUUCUCAGUUUAAGGCCGAAUAAUCGCGCAACUCAGUCCUCUGCAUGUUGUUGAUAUUGGUCUAUUAAGUUGAUGUCGUGUCGUUCCUAGAAAAAAAGAUGCCGCAGCCGAAAUCCCGUAAGAUCGCCAUCCUGGGAUACAGAUCCGUGGGAAAGUCUUCAUUGACUAUUCAGUUUGUGGAAGGCCAGUUUGUUGACUCUUAUGACCCCACCAUAGAAAACACAUUUACAAAGAUGAUAACAGUAAAUGGUCAGGAGUACCAUCUUCAGCUUGUAGACACAGCUGGACAGGAUGAGUACUCAAUUUUCCCUCAGACAUACUCCAUAGACAUCAAUGGAUACAUUCUGGUGUAUUCAGUCACAUCCAACAAAAGUUUUGAAGUAGUAAAAGUUAUCCAUGAAAAGUUAUUGGAUAUGGUGGGAAAGGUUCAAGUGCCCAUCAUGCUGGUGGGAAAUAAAAAAGAUCUUCACAUGGAGCGGGUAAUCAGUUGUGAAGAAGGGAAAGCUUUAGCAGAGUCGUGGAAUGCAGCCUUUAUGGAAUCAUCUGCUAAAGAAAACCAGACUGCAGUAGAGGUUUUCAAGAGGAUAAUUCUGGAGGCAGAGAAGAUCGAUGGAGGGGCUCCACAGGGGAGGACUUCCUGCUCACUCAUGUAGAACCUGAACCGACGCACUGGACACUGGGAUAUCCCUCUACUUGAAGAGGCUAACUGCCUGUUUUCCUCCAGAUAAACUAGGCUUAUUUUUCAUUUUUUCUCCCUUUUUUCUAAAACAGGAAAGAGAAACAGUCCUGAGAUUCUCUUUCUAAAAUUCUGUUCCUCUACGCACUGGGUACUCCCCACUUCACUCUAGCCCCAUCUCUGUGCAAGAGCUUCACUUCUGAUUUCUGAUUUUAAGCCUUUUUUUCUACUUUCCUUUUUUCUUUCUUUUUCCAAUUUGUAUAUUGUAUUUCCUAAAGAUUAUUAUGGCAAAUAAAUUUGCCAGCAUUAAUUUCUUGUGUAGUUGAAAUGUUUAAAAUCUUUUUGAUUGUAAUCAUUAAAGCAGCAUAUUGGUACACUAUUAUUUAAGUCACUAGCCCUGGGUGUGUGUGUCAUUUAUCCUUUUAUCCCCAGUUUCUCAUUCUUGCUUGUCAUUUACAUUUCACUUGUGAACUGGAAUGAGGCUGACAACUUUAUUCCCAUUUGAUGAUCACCAUUAUUGUUGUUGAUUAAAAAGCAUUUAGAAUGGAGAACUGUCAGAUGUUCAGAUUCACAGACUCUUUUAUGUUAUUUAAAGUUUUUGAAGAGUGAUAUUUUUAAAUGCUGAAUAUUUCCAGUGUCCAGAACUUAGGAGUUGGAAUUGGUUAAAAACGUAAGCAUAACUACAUACUUUAGAGUAUACAAUAUCUAUAUCACAGUUUUUCUUUUAGGAAAUGGUGUGUUUUAUAGCAUACAGUUGAAGGUGUAAUUUGAUCAUUCACAUCAUAUAUAAAGGUGUUUUAGGUUGAAAA